AUGCUGGACUCGGCUGUACUUUCAGGGCUGCGACUAAACGAAAUACAGCAACAACUGGGCGAAGCAGUAAAUGCCUUGGUGAAAUACUUCUAUGCGAAUGCUGAAGCUCGAAGUCGUGGCGAAUUGACACAGUUGCUUUGUGCGCCUGGGAAAGGCUUUGUCAGUGUAAUGGUUGCUGUUUUCAUGUAUGGCCGUCAGGACUCCAUAUGCAAUGGAAAAAUGCAGAGGAGAAUGAGAGAGCGAAGGGCAGUCAGGAUUGAAACGUGCGAAGAAGCGGAACUAAAAAUGCGCUUGUCGAAAUACAGAAUGGAAAUACGUGUUAUCGAGAAGGUCUGCAAGUGGUUUUGGGAUCUGAUGCAUAUGGAAGAUUCGAAACGACUGACACGUGAGCAGCGCUUGCUCAUUAUGCAGGCAUAUCGUUUAUGUGCCGCAGUCGCCUUCGCCACUAAUUCAUUUUCAUUCCUCAGGGAUCACAUCUUAUCGGGAUUGCUGCCGUUGAUGGCGUGGACUCCGAUUACAUCGCAGAUGUACGACCAACCAUCGUUCCUGCGCACCCCGCAUUAUCUGAACUAUUUAUCAAAGCUAAUCAGUUCACUUAACGAAUUCCAGUUCACGCUCGAAAAGUCGCUCACAUAUGGUGUCGAAUGA